CAAGGAAGGACCACCGCAAUCGCCCGAUCCCGCGACAGAUACAGCGACAUUCCGUUCCGGUGCCGGCGAGGCGACGACAGAGCUACAGGAGAUGUCAUUCUUCUCCCGGAUGGCGUCGCGGCUGCAGCCGUCGACGCCGGAGGAGGUGGUCCUCUGCAUCAAGGACUCCUUCCUCCCCCUCCCCCUCCCCACCAAGACCGGCGCCGGGGCUCUCGAAGAGGUUGAGAAAAACAUCUCCUCCUUGCGGAAAGUGCUCACUGGUGAUGGAGAAGCAGGAGCAAAUCAAGAGCAAGUUCUCCAGAUAGCACUUGAAAUUUGCAAGGAGGGCGUGCUUUCCCUCUUUGUUCAGAAUCUGCCUUCCUUGGGUUGGGGAGUAAGAAAAGAUUUGGUUAUUUGCUGGUGCAUUUUGCUUGGGCAGAAAGUUGAUGAGAAUUAUUGCUGUGUGAAGUAUAUCGAAGAUCACACGGAGCUUUUAGAUUUCCUAGUUGGUUGCUACAAGAAGUCGGACCUUGCACAGAACUGUGGUAUUAUGGUGAGAGAAUGCGUAAAACAUCCAACCCUUGCAAAAUAUAUCUUGGAAUCUGAUAGCUUUGAGCUGUUUUUCGAGUAUGUUGAGCUGCCGAACUUCGACAUUGCUUCUGAUGCUCUAAGCACCUUCAAGGAUUUGCUUACCAAACAUGAAACUGUUGUGUCUGUGUUCUUGAGCUCCCACUACGAGCAGUUCUUCGAACGCUACACAAGGAUCUUAACAUCAAGUAAUUAUGUAACAAGGCGUCAGUCGGUGAAGUUCCUUUCAGAAUUUCUAUUGGAGGCUUCAAACUCUAAAAUAAUGAAGCGAUACAUUCAGGAAGUUCGUUUCCUAAAUAUUAUGAUUGGUCUACUGAAGGAUUCAAGCAAAAACAUCAGAAUAUGUGCCUUCCACGUUUUUAAGGUGUUUGUUGCCAAUCCAAACAAGCCUCGUGGUAUUAUUGAAGCUUUGCGAGAUAAUCGCAGAGAAUUGUUGAAACUACUCCACGGUCUUCCUGCAAGUAAAGGCGAAGAUGAACUUGACGAGGAGAGAGACAUGAUCAUUCAGAAAAUCGAGAAUUUGUAAUGCCGAUCAGCUAUCAGAAGUUCUGACUUGUUUUGCCUAUCAGAAGUUCAGAACCAACCUACCAAAAGUUCAGAACCAACACCCUGUAAACUUCCAAGAGCUGCGUCGAUUUGGAGGACAUUGCAG